AUGGCGUGGCGGGGGCUGGCGGCCGAGUUCCUGCAGGUGCCGGCAGUGACCCGCGCUUACACCGCGGCCUGCGUCCUAACCACAGCCGCCGUGCAAUUGGAUCUCCUGAGCCCCUUCCAGCUCUACUUCAACCCGCACCUCGUGUUCCGGAAGUUCCAGGUCUGGAGGCUCCUCACCAACUUCCUCUUCUUCGGGCCCCUGGGAUUCAGCUUCUUCUUCAACAUGCUCUUCGUAUUCCGCUACUGCCGCAUGCUGGAGGAGGGUUCCUUCCGGGGCCGCACGGCUGACUUCGUCUUCAUGUUUCUCUUUGGGGGCGUCCUUAUGAUUCUGCUGGGGCUGCUGGGCAGCCUGUUCUUCCUGGGCCAGGCCCUCACGGUCAUGCUGGUGUACGUAUGGAGCCGCCGCAGCCCUCAGGUGAGGGUCAACUUCUUCGGCCUCCUCACCUUCCAGGCGCCGUUCCUGCCCUGGGCGCUCAUGGGCUUCUCAAUGCUCCUGGGCAACUCGAUCCUCGUGGACCUGCUGGGCAUUGCUGUGGGACACAUCUACUACUUCCUGGAGGAUGUCUUUCCCCACCAGCCUGGAGGCAAAAGGCUGCUGCUGACCCCCGGCUUCCUGAAGCUGCUACUGGAUGCCCCAGAAGAGGACCCCAAUUACCUGCCCCUCCCCGAGGACCAGCCAGGACCCCUGCAGCAGUGA